GAGAUGCAGGACCAAAAACCUCCAUAUAGUUUAUUAACAGGUUUUCCAGUGACAAUAAGGGUAGAUAGAAAUGAAUACACUUCAUUCAUCAUAAUAUCCGUUCAAAAAUCAAAAGAAAAGAUCAGGUUUCAUCAUAAUGGAGUAAGCAAAGAACCUGAGACAUGUCCACCUUGACCAACAUGGAUGCCCGGCCAAAGAUGCACAACAUCAGGGACCGACCUGCAUACAAACAUCCUCAGCAUACACAGAAGGCAUUCGAGGUUCUCAACCACAUGAGAAGGCAGCAACUUCUGUGUGAUGUAACAAUUGUGGUAGACACAACAGAAAUCCCCGCCCACAAGGUAGUUCUGUCCUCGUGUAGUCAGUAUUUUUAUGCCAUGUUUACCGGAGACUUGGCAGAAGCUAAAUCUGACAGAAUCACGCUGCAGGAAAUUGACCCCAAGGCACUUGUUCAGCUGAUAGACUUUGUCUACACUUCAGAAAUCCAUGUUACAGAGGAAAAUGUACAGACCCUGCUUCCUGUUGCCAACAUUCUACAGAUAACGGAGGUUAGAGAUGCCUGCUGUGAUUUCCUCCAGUCCCAACUCCAUCCCUCUAACUGUAUAGGUAUCCGAGCCUUCGCUGAUCUGCAUGCCUGUACAGAGCUCCAGAACUAUGCACAGACUUACACUGAACAACAUUUCGUGGAUGUUGUUCAUUUUGAUGAAUUCCUUUCCUUAAACGUGGAUCAAAUCUGUAAGCUGAUUUCCAGUGACAGGUUAACAGUUGUUACAGAGGAGCAGGUUUAUGAGGCUGUGCUAUCCUGGGUGCAGCAUGAUUUGACCAAUAGACAACAAGAAAUUGCACUAUUAUUAGAACAUGUGAGACUGCCAUUAAUAACCCAGGAAUAUCUGGUUCAGAAAAUAGAGGAGGAACCACUAGUGAAGACCAGUAGUCGAUGUAAGGAUUUCCUUAUAGAGGCUCUAAAGUAUCACCUUCUGAAAUCGGACCAGAAAGCUGGCUACAAAACUCCCCGGACACUGCCAAGAACUCCACUAGGACUUCCCAAGGUCUUGUUGGUCAUUGGAGGACAAGCACCAAAAGCUAUUAGGAGUGUAGAAAGUUAUGAUUUCAAGGAAGAGAAAUGGCACCAGCUGGCUGAGAUGCCAUCAAGGAGAUGUAGAUGUGGUGUGGCUGUGAUAAAUGGACUUGUGUAUGCAGUAGGAGGAUUUAAUGGAUCUCUGAGAGUUAGGACUGUGGACGUUUAUGACCCGGUCAAGGACAUGUGGACUUCCUGCCCCAGUAUGGAGGCUAGGAGGAGCACAUUGGGGGUCGCUGUAUUACAUGGGAACAUUUAUGCUGUUGGAGGAUUUGAUGGAUCAUCAGGAUUGGACACAGCUGAGUGCUAUGACGUCCGCUGUGGGGAGUGGAGGAUGAUAGCCCCUAUGAGUACAAGGAGGAGCAGUGUAGGAGUUGGUGUUGUUAAUGGUAUGCUGUUUGCAGUGGGGGGUUAUGACGGAGCUUCCAGGCAGUGCCUGAGUUCUGUGGAGUGCUACAACCCAAUGACAGACAUGUGGACACCGGUCGCAGAAAUGUCAUGUAGGAGAAGCGGAGCAGGUGUUGGGGUUGUAGACGGUUUGUUGUAUGCUGUGGGUGGCCAUGAUGGACCCCUUGUCAGAAAAAGUGUAGAAGUUUACAAUCCAGAGACAGACAGCUGGUCACAAGUCAACGACAUGCACCUGUGUCGCAGGAAUGCAGGUGUUGUAGCAAAUGGUGGUUUUCUGUAUGUGGUGGGAGGGGAUGAUGGAUCAUCAAACCUAGGCUCCGUGGAGUGUUUCGAUUAUAAAACCAACCAGUGGACACUGUUAUCUGCGAGUAUGAUGACCGGGCGGAGUUAUGCUGGGGUUUCAGUCAUAGACAAACCACUCCUGGAACUCUAGCAGAAUGCAAUAGAAAACAGUGCUUCUUCUUCUAUUUUGGUUACCUGCACAUGUAGUACAUGUGUGGUCUGUAGAGUGAAACUCAAGGGCGAGAACUCUGUUGGUCCUAUGUUGUAGUUCUGAAAAGCAUUGUGAAAGAGUUACAUAUCUGUGAUAUCAAUUGUGUAUUUGAUGUGCAAUAUUAAAUGGCAUGAUAUAUGUUCUGUUUUGUGACGUAUGACCUCUAAGGUACAUGUGUAUCAGUAUUUUUAAGUGUUUAAUGUUACUCAUUGAAGUGUACAUGUAGAUCGCUAUGUGUAUAAAUAAUGGCUAGUGUGUGUGUUUGUGGUUUAGUGACAAAGCCAAAUCAAUAGUACCCUUACAGCUAACUGAAAGAUUCAACGAUGCUAUAGGUACUUAAUUAAGGAGGUGUUUCUUUUUUAUACACUGGAGACAGUUAUUUCUUUUUCGAUAAGUCAUUUUAUCAUGAUAUCCGGUUUUGUUAAUGAUUAAGGUAGAAAAAUAGCGAAAAGCAUGUACUUAUGGAUAAUGAAUGUAGUAAUCUAUUUCAAAUUAAGUGCAGUAUUAAGGAUUGUUUCUUGAUCCAGACUUUCUCAUAAACCUUUACUUUUAUUAUCAAAUAUAGGAAAGGAAAAGGGAAAUGAAAUGAAGAUCAGUCAAAUUUAGAUAAUAUCCAAAUAUUGAUAACUUAUAUUUAUCUAGUCUUUAUUAUUUUGUUUAACCUGAGAUGGGUUUGAGAGGUAAUAAGGUUUAUGUGUGUGUACUUUUUUUCAUUAAGAGUUUAGAAUCAAUUUAUUUAUCAAUGAUUAAUUACAUAUGUGUACCAUGGAACAGGUAGUUUCUGGGCUUGUCUAAGCUCAGUAAUAAAUUGUUUCUCUGUCAGCAUCCUACAUUGUGAAGUUAUUUUCAUUCAUAUGAACAAGGAUCUCAAAAAUUAAAAGUACACCAAAAAUGAUACUCUUUUUGAAGGAACAAUUACAAAAAUUAAAAAUCAAGCCUUUGAAUUUUUUUUAUUAUUCUGUUUUCUAUAUACAAUCAUGAAGUAAUCCUGUAUUUUCAAGUAUUGUAAGCUUAGUCUUAAUACAAGGGACCAAACAGCUAGUAAUAACAGUGGGUGGAUAUUUGGGCCAUAGCGUAUCGUUUUCUAAAAUUAGCCAAAAUGUAAUGGUUGUUCUAGAUGACGUUUGUUUUUGAAAUGUUAGUGUAAAGAUUUGUCAGUGAAAAAAACGAAAAAGUACCUAUGUAAAACUUUAUUUAAAUAUUCAUAAAAUGUGUUUAGACUAAAGAUGUCUGUUCAAAUAAACACUAUUGAUACAUGUAUGUAUUUGAUUCCAGAAGUAAUAUUAAUUUGUGGGUUUUGCUCCAAUGACAAUUCUUUCAUCAAAUGUAAAUGGGAAUAAAACCCAAACAUUACCAAUAGUGACAUGAAACAGCCAUAUUUAUAUUGCUGAAUAAAUAAUUAUUGUACCAGGAAAGUAAAUAAGGAUGGGUUUUCAUGGAGUAGUGCUUAUAUUGAUAUUAAAACAUUAUUGAUGAUGAUCAGUCUUUUCAGUCGUGACUUUACUGUUAUAUUAACUAGAAAUGUAAUACAUCUAUCCCCAGGAUUUUCUCCACCCUGAAUUCUGUCCAUGUUUUUUUUUUUUUUUAAUUUUUUUUUUAUUUUACAUUUUGGUUGUAAACUUGUAUUUUGACAGGAACCAGUGAUUACAAUAAAGUUUUUUUUGUGGGAUCAAAAGAGAUUUGUGAUUUUUUGUUAACUACUUUUAUCCAUCUUGUUUAAUGAUUCACCGUACUAUUUAUAUAUAACCAAUUUUAAAAAAGAUUUUUUAUUGAGUUUAAAGUAAGUUUGUAAAUUAUUACAAAUAACGUAGUCAAAAUAUUUAAGAUAUCAAAAAGAUCCAGUGAAGGAAAUCCCAAAUCUCAUAAACUCUUAAAUUAUAGCUAGAUGUUUAAAGUGCAUUUGAUCUCUUCUUAGAUUAUUUGUCAAUGCCUAUUCCAUGUAUUUUGCAGAGAAACCAGACCUAUUGUUUGUGUUCAACUAUGUGCAUAUACGUGUACGUAGAUAUUGAAACAAUACUAUGUAAAAUAAAUCACUUCAUUCAUCUUUUA